AUGGAUGCGGCAAUUCUUGUCGAUGAUAACAACAUGGAAAACCACAAUCCACACAUCAGCCCGAACCCGCUCAGGUGCCCUCCUGCACCUCUGCACCAACUCUCCCCAGAGCGCAUCAACCAGCAGCGCCUCCCUCAAUCCCCCUCCCUACACAGCUAUCUCGUUGACCAAGACCGACCGUGCACCCGUGAUUCCUUCACAUCGGACGUUCAGUCGAAAGUUGCCUUCCUGAACAGCUUGGUGGCAAAUACCAGCGUUCAGUCGUCACCCACCCGGCCCCGAAGACUCGGAGCCACGAUUCCAGACAGUUGCAGUGGCACUCCUAAUCAUAAUCUUAAUAACAACAACGCCCUCCAGCGGGCAGUCAUGGGAUACGAGGAAGCGCAGGCGAGUCUCGCAACCCUGAACGCCGAGCUCGAGCGGGCAAAAGAAGAACUCGCCUCGAAGAAGAAACGGGAGAGAAUGCUCUCACAACGUGUCGAGGAUCUCUUGGAAGAAUUGCAGGCGGAGAAGGAGAAACGAGUUCGAGAUCAAGAAUCCUACACGAAAGAAAUCAAGCGGUGUCGCAAGGAGACGUACCGUGCUGAAUUGGCGGUCGUCGAGGUAAGACAAGAUCUGCAAGAAGUGAGGGCUGAGUUGAAGAAAUGCCAGGCUGAGAUGCAGCAUGAGAAGACGGAGAAGGAGAAGGCUCGUCAAGAGAGUUUCGAGAGGGCUUACGCGCUGGCGGGAAUGGUUGGGGAGAUGGAUCAGCUUAGGGAUCGUCUAAAGGCCGUUGAGAAGGAGCGGGACGCAGCACUCUUGGAGGCAAAAGCCAAUGCUGUCGAAAAGAAUGCUACUUUGGAAAAGGGUGUUCAGACUGAGUCGAAAAAGACCUCAAACGAGGGUGCAAAGACAGAAAAGACCGAGCAGAGGAAGACGUUCAAAGAGGGAGAAAAGAUCCAGACUCCGCACCACUCGGACAACGAGAGCGAUAUCCAAUCCGUGCCAACGUUCAGAAUGGUGCCAGCAUCAGUGUCAGCGGGUCGCAUGAUACCUGAAGAUCCCGCACGUCUGUCCGCACCAAAAUUGCCAAGCUUUGCUUCUGCCAUAUCUCGCUUGAACUAUUACGACAAGCAGCUGGGAGGAGAGAAGAUCAACCCCGAAGAAGAAGUUGAGUUUCUAAAGCAAGAACUGGCUUGGGCACGGAAGAAGCAUGAGGAAGACUCGGAUUUGAUUCAUUUCAUGCAUAUGCAGUGCCAGUUCAAGGCAUGUCCGUGCCGACUCGCUGAAUCAAACGGGGAUCGUUUUGUUCACGAUCAGGUUUAUGAUGCAAAGAUGCAACAGCAGCAGCAGCGCGCUUCAAAGAAGAGGAAGAUCUCGAAUGAUGUGGAGGAGAAGAUAUCACCUCUAGAAGAGAGCUACAAGGCAUUUGCGGAGCAGCCGCUCACCCACAUAGACAUGUCUACUCAAAACACACAAAAUACCGAACCCGAAUCGACAGAAGAGAGCGAGCCAGCGAAACUUCCCCCUGACCCGACGCUAGAGUCGAUGGCGAAGGCGUCUGAAGAGCCCAUGGUUCUCGAACAGGCUAUUGAAUUGCCCCUUCCGGAGCCAGAGCCUAUGGAAUUGGACUCGAGCCGUACUACACCAGAGCCGACUGCCCAGUUGGAAGAAAUUACGCAAGUCUUGGUUGAACCAUCAACCGGCUUGCAGCCGUUCUCCUUUUCGACAUCUACCACCAGCAAUGCCGGCGUUGGAACCACGGCACCAACACUUCGGCAUACCGAGAGUGCCUCAGCCGUCCUUGAUCAAGACCUUUUCGAUCUCUCGCCGCCGAAACAAGCACCUCCAAGACGACCUUCGACAGCUCUGGGUAUCUUAACUGUCGACUCACCUAUCCGACUAGUGCCAGAUUCACCACGCUCAGUCAGGUCCUCUCAGCGUGAAAGCGUGCGGUCUCUCCCCAAAGAACGAAGCCAGCCCAUCACGCAAUCUGUCAUGACAACGACCACGAAAAUCGCUCUCAAAGACUCGUCAUCCCGCUCUAGCAUGCACAGACGAGCACAGUCAAAACCCAAUCUCCGAAGCCACUCACCUUUGGUGACUUCGGUUAUGUCUCACCACGACGAUAUUGACGCACAAGAAGCAUGUGCAGAAGAAUCGUCAGCAUCACCUGCAGCGAGCACUGUAUUUCCUGUGACACCCUCACACAAGCAUUCAAGGUCGAUGCAUAACCUGGCUCAACAUGCGCAACCGCAGGCUCACACUCAGGGCCAGGGUCAAGCACAAGCUAAAGUUCAUGCAAGGAGUCCACAGACAAUCGUUGCCGCGACCACCACCACAACAACUACAACACGAGUACCGCUUAGAGAAGCCGUGGAUGCAGAUGAUGUGUUCAGCCCGGAGCACCACAUGAAUCGUAACGGGUAUGACCAUGCCCAAACCGAAGUGUUAAACAUCAGGGUGGAAUCCAACACAAGCAGGGAAACAAUGACCCAGUCACAGUCAAGGGUGGCCUCGAUUUCGAGCUCGGCCAUGCUCUCCAACGUCCCUGGCACGCCAAUCUCACGCGAAGCCGCGCUGGCGCAGAUCCGCGCGCGGCGAGACCGAGCCAGAAGCGUCAAUCUCAAGCGAUCGCUCGAAGGGCAUGGAAAAGGAAAUGGGAAUGCUGGCGCAAGGAGCCCGACGAAACCAUCGCGUCCUGGGGUGUUGAAUGGAAGCAGCGGCCUGUUUCAAGCAGCGGGAAAGGAGAAUGCGAGGAGAGAGAUUAGCCAGGCGAGUGCGCCUGGACGACUUGCUUUCUGA